CCCGCCCCGCCCCCGGCUCCGGCAGCCCAGGACCCGGAGCUUAGGCGCCGGGGCCCGCGGCGGCGGCGGCGGCUGCGGCGGAGACGAUGUGGCUCUUUGUCCGGGAUCCGGUCCGGGACUUCCCGUUUGAGCUCCUCCCGGAACCCGCCGAGGGCGGCCCGCCAGGGCUCUGGACCCUGCACCGCGGCCGCAAGAAGGCCACGGGCAGCCUGGUGUCCAUCUUCGUGUACGACGUGAAGCCGGGCGCCGAGGAGCAGACCCAGGUGGCCAAAGCUGCCUUCAAGCGCCUGAAAACUCUCCGGCACCCCAACAUUCUGGCCUACAUCGAUGGGCUGGAGACAGACAAGUGCCUCCACGUAGUGACAGAGGCUGUCACUCCUCUGGGAGUAUACCUCAAGACUCGGGCAGAGGCUGGUGGCCUGAAGGAGCUGGAGCUCUCCUGGGGCCUCCACCAGAUUGUGAAAGCCCUCAGCUUCCUUGUCAACGACUGCAACCUCAUCCACAACAACGUGAGCAUGGCCGCCGUGUUUGUGGACCGCGCCGGGGAGUGGAAGCUCGGGGGCCUGGACUACAUGUACUCAGCCCAGGGCAAUGGCGGGGCACCCCCCCGCAAGGGGAUCCCUGAGCUGGAGCAGUACGACCCUCCCGAGCUGGCUGAGAGCAGCAGUAGAUCCGUCAAAGAGAAGUGGUCGGCUGACAUGUGGCGCUUGGGCUGCCUCAUCUGGGAAGUCUUCAAUGGGCCCCUGCCUCGGGCCGCUGCCCUGCGCAACCCUGGGAAGAUCCCCAAGUCGCUGGUGCCCCAUUAUUGCGAGCUGGUUGGAGCCAACCCCAAGGUGCGUCCCAACCCAGCCCGCUUCCUGCUCAACUGCCGGGCACCCGGUGGCUUCAUGAACAACCGCUUUGUGGAGACCAACCUGUUCCUGGAAGAGAUUCAGAUCAAAGAACCGGUGGAGAAGCAGAAGUUUUUCCAAGAGCUGAGCAAGAACCUAGACUCGUUCCCUGAGGACUUCUGCCGGCACAAGGUGCUGCCCCAGCUGCUCACCGCCUUUGAGUUCGGCAACGCGGGGGCCGUGGUCCUCACGCCCCUCUUCAAGGUGGGCAAGUUCCUCAGCGCCGAGGAGUACCAGCAGAAGAUCAUCCCCGUCGUGGUCAAGAUGUUCUCAUCCACAGACCGGGCCAUGCGCAUCCGCCUCCUGCAGCAGAUGGAGCAGUUCAUCCAAUACCUUGAUGAGCCGACGGUCAACACCCAGAUCUUUCCGCACGUCGUGCACGGCUUCCUGGACACCAACCCUGCCAUCCGCGAGCAGACCGUCAAGUCCAUGCUGCUCUUGGCCCCGAAGCUGAACGAGGCCAACCUCAACGUGGAGCUGAUGAAGCACUUCGCGCGGCUGCAGGCCAAGGACGAGCAGGGCCCCAUCCGCUGCAACACCACCGUCUGCCUGGGGAAGAUCGGCUCCUACCUCAGCGCCGGCACCAGACACAGGGUCCUCACCUCCGCCUUCAGCCGGGCCACGAAGGACCCGUUUGCACCGUCUCGCGUUGCCGGCGUCCUGGGCUUCGCUGCCACCCACAACCUCUACUCGAUGAACGACUGCGCCCACAAGAUCCUGCCCGUGCUCUGCGGCCUCACCGUGGACCCUGAGAAAUCCGUGCGGGACCAGGCCUUCAAGGCCAUUCGAAGUUUCCUUUCCAAACUGGAGUCUGUGUCAGAGGACCCCACCCAGCUGGCCGAAGUGGAGAAGGAUGUCCAUGCAGCCUCCAGCCCUGGAAUGGGAGGAGCCGCAGCCAGCUGGGCAGGCUGGGCCGUGACGGGCGUCUCCUCACUCACCUCCAAGCUGAUCCGCGCACACCCCUCGGCUGCCCCGGGGGAGCCCAGCGUCCCCCAGAGACCCACGCCUGAGGGACUUCCAGCCCCGGCUCCCACCCCUGUCCCUCACACGCCCACGACCUCGGGACACUGGGAGGCACAAGAGGAGGACAAGGACACAGCGAAGGACAGCAGUGCUGCAGACAGAUGGGAUGACGAAGACUGGGGCAGCUUGGAACAGGAGGCCGAGUCGGUGCUAGCCCAGCAGGACAACUGGGGCACCGGGGGCCAAGCCCGCCACCCUGGACAGACCAGUGACCCUGACCACAGAUCCCUGGAGUCGGACUGGAGCAGCUGGGAAGCUGAGGGCUCGUGGGAGCAGGGCUGGCAGGAGCGGAGCCCCCAGGAGCCAUCCCCUGAGGGCACACGACUGGCCAGCGAGUACAACUGGGGUGGGCCAGAGCCCAGUGACAAAGGCGACCCCUUUGCCGACCUGUCGGCCCGUCGGGAGCCGAGACCUGACUCGUGGGGUGAGGACAACUGGGAGGGCCUGGAGACCGAGAGCCGGCAGGUGAGGGCCGAGCUGGCUCGGAAGAAGCGGGAGGAGCGCCGGCGGGAGAUGGAGGCCAAACGUGCCGAGAAGAAGGCCGCCAAGGGCCCCAUGAAGCUGGGGACCAGGAAGCUGGACUGAGCCGCCGGCGUGGGCACUUUCCGGCCAUGGAGAGCAGGCCCCAUGGGUGUAUUUAUUGUACAAACCGUGCCAGCCCGGCCAGCCCCGCCAGGCACAUUUCACGUGUACAUAAUCAGAACCACAAUAAAUUGUAUUUCACAUCC